CAACUUGUGGUUUUUCAAAAUUUUUACUCUAUGUGGUUAAUUAUUUAAAUAAAAAUUAUUAAUACCUGUGUUACUAAGUGUAUUUAUGCGUGUACCAUCUUAGAAAUUAAAAAUUAUGGACGAAUAUCAGGAUAUGUUAGAACAACUUUUCAUUAAUACCAACCUUCACUUCGACGAAAGCUUACGAGAACAAUUAUUAAAAACAGUCGAUGAUCUAAAUCGUAAAUUUGAUGGAGAAGUGAACAAAAAAUUUCUAAUAAGAGUCACCGUUCUACAUAUAGCUUGCUUCAUUGGUUGUGAACCUUUAAUAAGAUUUCUUGUUGAUGUUUGUCCAUCUCUAAUAAAUCAAGUGGACUUAGACGGACGUCCACCUUUAUUCUAUCUAAUUAAGAAAUACCAGCCAGAAAAUUUGAGCAUGAUUGAAUUGUUAAUUAGUAAAGGUGCAAUCGUUCCACUUGACUUCAAAUGGGCCGAUUCAUGUAAUUGCAAUUUAUUACAUGUAGCAGCGGCGUAUGGCAAUAGGCAUGUGGUAGAUCUAAUUUUAAAUGAAAGUGAUCUUUUGAAUAAAAAAGAUUCGGGAGGACGUUCUGCAAUUUAUUACUCUCUAACUUACAAAAAUUUUGAUACGUUUGAGUAUUUGAUUGAAAAAAAUGCAGAUCUUACUCACAAAUUUAGACGAUGUAAAUCAACUAAUGACAAUUUACUGCAUUUAGCUGUUUCACUAGGAAAAACUGAAACAGUUGAUGUAAUUAUUAAGAAAAUCCCAGAAUUGGUGCAUUGGAAGAAUUCUUUGGGACAAACUCCGAUAGUUUAUGCAUUUGAAGCCAACAAUAUGCCAAUAAUUAAACUUCUGUUGGAUAAUAAGGCUGAACUAGACAUAAAGUUUACAUGGAAAGGAUUUGAAAACAAUAAUUUGUUACACGUGGCAGCGUCCCACAAUAAUAUUGAAUUAGCAGAGUUACUUCUCUCCAAACAUCCGGAACUACUUGAUCUAAGAGAUGCAGUGAAUUGUGCGCCCAUUUACUACGCAGUCGACAACAGUAAUACUGAGAUGGUAAAUUAUUUACUAAACAUAAACGCAGACAUUUCUUUCCUUUUUUAUAUGGAUGGGGAUGGUUGUAAUUUAUUACAUCUAGCUGCAUAUAAUGGUAUUAUUGAUAUAGCUAAAGCUCUUUUACAUAAAGAUCCAGGACUUCUAAAUAGAAAAUCAAAAUCCAAUUGUACACCACUAUUUUAUGCUAUCGAAGAAGAUAAUGAUGAAAUGAUAAAAUUCCUUCUGAGUAAAGAUGUGGAUGUAUCCUUUGAAUUUGACAGCGAGUGGGAACAUUCCAAUCUUUUACAUUUAACCACCGACACAAAGUUAGCUGAAGCUCUUUUAGACAUAGAUCCCGAGCUUGUGAAUAAAAAAAACUCCUGUCAGUUAACACCACUUUAUAAUGCAGUCGAGCAGAAUAACAUAGAAAUGGUUCAACUUCUUAUAAGAAGAAACGCAGACGUUUCAUUUACGUUUUUGUGGGACAAUUUGGGCUCCAGCUUGCUGCACGUAGCUGCUUUCUAUAACUACACAGAAAUUGCUCAGUUAUUAAUAAAUCAGGAUCCCAGUUUGGUUAAUUUAAAGAACGCUGGGAACUUACCACCACUUCAUUACGCUUUAGAACAACGCAACGAUGAUAUGGUUGUUUUAUUGUUAGAAAAUAAUGCAAUUGCUGAUCCGAAAACAUCAGUAAUUUCCAUGUUGUUUUAUCUGGCAGCUGAAAAUGAAAAAGUUGCUAAACUAAUUCAAAAUAAAUGUCCAGAUCUAAUUAAUAAAAUGACGUCUGAAAAUUUUCCGUUACUUUUCGAUCCAGUUAACGGUAAUUCGUAUGAAAAAACAAAAUGGUACAUUGAACAAGGAGCAGAUGUUUCAGUACAGUUUACAUGGCACUCAAGUAACACCACUAUUCUUCACGUAGCUGCUACCAAAAAGGAUACACGUAUUGCUGAACUAAUUUUAAGUAAAAAUCGGGAACUGGUGAAUCUACCAAAUGGUGAUAAUAUGCCUCCUCUGUUUUAUGCUGUUAAAUUUAGAAAUCCGAAUAUGAUAUCAUUAUUGUUGAAUAACAACGCCGAAAUAGAUUAUUUAAAAUAUUUAAAAGGAAUGUCCGAAGAUAGUCCUCUACACGUUGCUGCAGAGUUGGGACAUUUACAACUCGCAGAGAAGGUAUUAGAAAAAUACCCUGAUCAGGUGAAUAGACUAAAUGUAAAUGAACAAACGCCUCUUGUUUGUGCUGCUUUAAACAAAAAGUAUGAGAUGGUAAAGUUCUUGAGAAGCAAUAACUCUGACAUUGGAGUGAGAUUCACUUGGAUCGACAGGUUUACAAAUUUAUUACACGUAGCUGCAGCUCAAGACGACCAAGAAUUAGCUAAUGAUAUUCUUAAAAUAAACCCUAACAUUUUGAAUACCAUAACCAGUGGCGGAAAAACUCCUUUAUAUUACGCUGUUGUAAACAAUAAUGUGAACAUGGCACAAAUUUUGCUAGAGAAACGUGCAGAUGAAAGUCACAUAGUGUUUCGCUGGGAAUGGUGUGAUGGAAAUACUUUAAUUCAUAUUUCUGCAGAUAAGGGACUAACUGAAGUAAUUAAAGUUAUUAUAGAUAAGGAUCCUGAGCUUCUCAAUGUUGUGAAUAGUUUUAAUCAACCACCAGUAUUAUAUGCUAUCAAAAAUAAUCACGAGGAUACGUUAAAAUAUUUUCUAGAUGAAGCCUGUGAUUUAUCUCUGGAGUUCCUUUGGAAUGGUGUUAGAGGAAUGAAUUUACUUCAUGUUGCGUCAGUGGUAGGAAAUCUAGAAAUGGUUGAAUUGAUAUUGAAGAAAAAUCCCGAACUAAUAAAUAAGAAAAAUGAGUGGAAUCAAACCCCAAUUGUUUGUGCUAGCAUAUUUGAACACCAAAAAAUUGUACAAUUUUUGCUCGAUAAUAAUGCAGAUUGUUCUGUUAAGUUUAUGUGGAAUUGGGUGAACGAUAAUAAUUUAUUGCACGUUUUAUGUUUCUAUGGAAACAUCGAACUAAUUGAUACAGUACUAAGAAAAAAUCCAAAUCUACUCAAUGAUAAGAACGAAAACAAUCGCACACCUUUAAGUUUUGCAAUACAGAAACGUCACACUGAAUUAAGCAAAUAUUUAAUUCACAUGAAUUGCGACGUUUCAACGUCGUUUAAAUUUAUAUCUGAACAAAACAAUUUGCUUCACAUUGCCUGUUUAACGCACCAAGAUGAAAUAGUUCAGAUACUUUUAGGAAAAGAUCCCAAUUUGGUAAAUGCCACUGAUUCAUGGAACAGGCCCCCUAUUUUAUAUGCGGUUCUUAAAGGGAAUUUGGAUUUGGUGGAUAUAUUACUAGAAAACAAUGCUGAUGCGUCGAUUCUAUUCAAGUGGGGUUGCCACAAUAUGAGUUUAUUACAUGUUUGCAGAUAUGAAAAAAUUUCUGAAAGAAUUUUGAAAGCCUAUCCCCACUUAAUAAAUGUAAGGAAUUCUAAAAAUAUGACGCCUAUAGUUUAUGCAAUGAACAAUGUAAAUAAAUCAGGUAUGGCACAAUUUUUCUUAAAACAUAAUGCAGACAUUUCGGUUAAGUUCGAAUGGGAUGGUGUACCUGGAAGUAAUUUAAUGCACGUGAUAGCGUCCUUAGGAUAUUUAAAUAUUGCAACCAAAAUCUAUGCCAAAAAUCCUGACCUAAUAAAACAAAAGAACAGCAUGGAUCAAACACCCAUUGUAGAAGCCAUCAUUAACGAUCAGUUAUUAGUGUUUAAUUGGAUUACAUAUACUAAUCCAAACUUUGCUAAUGAAAGAUGCGAUUACUACAAUAUUGUACGAGGAAGUUUAUUACACAUAUCUGUUUGUAAAGGUUUUAUGAAAAUAUCACAAAAUAUACUGGCAGCAAAUAGUCGAUUAUUGGAUGAAAAAGAUGCGAAUGGAUACACUCCUCUGGCAAUUGCUGUGCAGGAGAAUCAGGAUGCUUGUGUGGAUUGGCUGAUAAAUCAGAACGCUAAUUGUUGUUCUAAAACAAAUAAGGGUAGGAAUUUGUGGCAUGUUUUGGCGGAAAGUGCAAAAGGGAAGGUGUCGACUGCUAAUUUGUUGUACCCACACUGUUCUAAACUGAUAACUGAAACAGAUAUACAUGGAAGAACUGCUCUGAAACUUCUUGAAGGGCGCAAGACAUUCGCAGGUAAACAGGAAUUACUUAAAUGGUUCAAAGAAAAGUUGGAGGAGACGAAUGACGAAGUAACCAACAAAGAGUCAGAUCUGGGGAAUUUUUUAAUCUUUUUAACAAUGUACUUGAAUUAUUAUUAUAAACAAUAUGUACUUAACAAUGAGUACUAUAUUUUUUUAACAAUUUUUUUAUUAAUUUUAGCUGUUUUUACGUCUUACUAUAUUUAAAUGUUU